AGUGCAUCUAUCUACCAUUCACAUCACAGGCUCUGUCAGUAUCAGAUAAAGCGCUAUCAUGGCGCAAAGUGGGGCAUCUCUUUUUCCAAAAGGGACCCUUUCCAUUAACCUUCACUUCGGCUUCGUGUUGGCUUCAGUGUGGAUGUCAUUGCUGGGAUCCGUGAAGAGUGACAGCGGUUUUCUAAAACGAACCGGCGAGGAUCGGUUUCUUGACAGCCGCGGCGGUGUGCUUGGAAGAAGCGUUGCUGUCGAUGGAGAGCUUGCUCGUACGGGAGCCGCACGCUUCAGCAGAGCCCUAUCCCAAGAUAAAGUCGCCCUAUCCCAAGAUAAAGUCGCCCUGCUCAGCAGCUCAUUCGUGUUGAAAGGAGACGCUACACAUAACCAAGCAAUGGUGCAUUGGACCGGGGAGAACAGCAGUAUUAUAUUGAUCCUGACCAAGUACUACCAUGCAGACACUGCAAAGGUUCUGGAAAGUUCCCUUUGGAGGUCCACUGAUUAUGGAACAACCUACACCAAGCUGAAUCUGCUGCCUGGCACAACUAUAGUCGUCACCAACUUCUACAUCUGUCCCACAAACAAGAAGAAGAUACUUCUUGUGAGUUCUUCCAUCAACGAGCGGGACCAGAUGCUUUUCAUUAGCACAGAUGAGGGAAGCAUCUUUCAGAGACAGCCUCUCACUUUCUCUGUAGAGACUCUGGUCUUCCAUCCGAAAGAAGAAGAGAAACUGCUAGCCUACAGCAAGGAGAAACGGCUCUAUGUAUCAACAGACUUAGGCAGAAAGUGGACUCUGCUACAAGAACGAGUGACAAAGGACCGCUUUUUCUGGUCUGUGGCCAAAGUUGAUGCUGAUCCUGAUCUUGUACACAUGGAGAUGCAGGAUACCAGUGGAGGUUUCCUGUACGUGACCUGCUUGAUUCAGAAUUGCUCUGACAAAAUGGUGACUGCUCAGUUCCUUGGCAAGAUUGACCAUAACUCACUCGCUGUGCAGGAUGAUUACAUUUUUGUGAAGGUGACAACUGGAAACAGAACCAAGCAUUACAUUUCUUACCGUCGGAAUGAAUUUGUUCAGAUGAAGUUUCCUAAGUAUGCCUUACCAAAGGAUGUGCAGAUAGUCAGCACAGAUGAGAACCAGGUGUUCCUUGCUCUCCAGGAGUGGUACCAGACAGACACCUACAACCUCUACCAAUCGGACCCACAGGGUGUCUACUAUUCCAUUGUGUUAGAGAACGUCAGGAGCACCAAGCAGCCAGAAGAAAAUGUCCUCAUUGACAUCUUAGAGGUCCGUGGAAUUAAAGGAGUAUUUCUGGCCAAUCAGAAAGUGGAUGGGAAGGUGACCACGCUCAUCACCUUCAACAAGGGCCGUGACUGGGAUUACCUUAACCCACCUUCCACGGACAUGAACGGAAAACCAGUAAACUGCAAACCGCCGGAUUGCUAUCUUCACAUGCAUCUCCGCUGGGCAGACAAUCCAUACGUGUCAGGGACCGUGCACACCAAGGACUCUGCACCAGGACUGAUCAUGGGGGCUGGCAAUUUGGGCUCUCAAUUGGUCGAGUACAAAGAAGAAAUGUAUAUUACUUCCGACUGUGGGAAAUCCUGGAGACAGGUCUUUGAAGAAGAACACCACAUUCUGUACCUAGAUCACGGUGGAGUUAUAGUUGCUAUUAAGGACACUUCUAUCCCCCUCAAAAUACUCAAAUUCAGCAUAGAUGAAGGUCGGACUUGGACUACCCACAAUUUCACCAGCACCUCAGUUUUUGUGGACGGGCUUCUGAGUGAACCUGGAGACGAGACUCUUGUUAUGACGGUCUUUGGCCAUAUCAGUUUCCGGUCAGACUGGGAGUUAGUGAAAGUGGACUUUCGACAGUCUUUUCCGAGACAGUGCACAGAGGCCGACUACGAUGCAUGGAAACUAACCAGCCUUAAGGGGGAGGCAUGCAUCAUGGGUCAGGAGAGGAGCUUCCGGAAGAGAAAAGACUCAGUGUUUUGUAUCAAAGGGAAGAGUUUCACUUCAGCCCUGACCUCCAGGCCCUGCCAGUGUACAGAGAAAGAUUUCAACUGUGACUACGGCUUUGAACGGGCAGCCAGUCUAAAGUCUGAAGGCGAUCGAUGCUUCGCUGACUUCUGGCACGACCCCGACUCCCCUCCUGAUGACUGUAUCAUAGGGCAUUCCUAUGCCUCCAGCACAGGCUACAGGAAGGUGGUGUCUAAUAUCUGUGAAGGAGGAGUGAACAAACAACAGAGUUCCAAACAGCAUGGAUGUCCUCUGCAGGCCCCCAGAGGUCUGCAGCUUGGAAUCAAAGGAGAGACCCUGGCUGUGAGCCCUGGAGAUGACAUCACCUUCAUUGUGAGACAGGAGCAGGGAGACACUCUAAACACCAAAUACCAAGUGGAUCUGGGUGAUGGGUUUCGAGCCAUCUAUGUGAACCUGACAGUGACUGACGAACCUAUUCAGCACCGCUAUGAGAAGCCUGGUAUCUACAGGGUCACUGUGAAGGCAGAGAACACAGCAGGGCAUGAUGAGGCUAUGGUCUACAUCCAGGUCAACUCUCCCCUUCAGGAAGUGCAUUUAGAAGUGGUGCCGAUCGCUGGAAGGAACCAGGAAGUUAACUUGACAGCAGUGAUCCUCCCUGCAGCUACCAAUCUGACAGUCUUCUACUGGUGGAUCGGAGACAACCUGCAGCCUACCCUCUCCUUAGAGAACAGCCUGAUUACCAAAUUCCCAAAGACCGGUGAAGUGAUGGUGACAGUUCAGGCAGCCUGUGGAAGGUCCAUGGUCCAGGAUACCAAAACAGUACGGGUGUUUGAUCAGUUCCAAGUUCUUCCUCUCAAGUUCAGCAAAAGCCUCGAUCCUUUCAAUCCAAAUAUCCCAGACUGGAGGGCGGACAUCGGGCAGGUUGUCACUAGAAUCCUAGCAAAGAUAACUGACAUUCCACAGGCAUCCUUGGUGACUGUGGUGAAGCCUGACCUUCCAACCACAGCAGAUUUGUAUGUGCUUCCACCAGAGAGUACACCAGAGAAGAAAAGAAGCACACCUGUUGAUAAGAGGAUACCUGCCAUAAAGCAAGCUCUUAAUGGGAACAAUGUUAGCUUUAUAGUGAGAGGGGGCCUAGUAGUGUUUGUAAACCUGGCGGAUUCUGAUUCAGAGUCUCAGCGGAGUGGUACAGGUGGCGGAUUCUGGGCUAUGGCAGUGAUCUUUGUUGUCUGCUUGGUUGCAGUAGGAUCAUUCAUUCUGUACAAAUUCAAAAGAAAACUGCCUGGUAGAAACGUUUAUGCCCAAAUGCACAAUGAAAAAGAACAGGAAAUGACCAGUCCUAUCAAUCACAGUGAGGACACCCAGAACAUCAUCCAGGGGGAGGAGUUUAUUGAUGACGAUCUCGAUUCACAAACAUUAGGUAACGCUGGAGGUAAUCACUCAGGCGUGGUUCUGAGCAUAAACUCCAGAGAACUGCACAGCUACUUGACCAGCUGAUGGUUACAGCAUCAAUAAACUGCCAAGACUUGUCUCUAUAUUUUAUUGUUCAGUCCUGCGACACUAGCAGAAGGGAAAGCAGGAUAUUCGCAGUUGAUACUACAGCAACCAGUCAUUUUCAAGGGAAAAAAAUAGUGUUUCUGUAAUCUGAGGAGGGGGAGAAAAGUGGGUCUCACUGUUUCUCAAAUGACUCUACCUGUUAUCACUUUUUUUUACUAAAGAACAAAAACAUAACCACUAUACUGCAUUUUGAAAGAGGACAUGAUGCUAACGUUUCCUAUCAUGUCUACUUUCAAGUCCAUUCACUGUAGCUUUCAUUACAGUUUCUAUAUAAUUAAAUGCACACUAUUUAGCAGCAGCUUUGUCAAACAGCUGCCUAGUCUUAACUGUGUUCUUGUGCAGGUAGUAGCAGUAUUUUGAGUUAUGGUCAUACAAUAUCUAUUGGGUCAGUAUGUGUAGACCCAUGUUCAUUUAAAAAGGCUGUGCUCACAUCCUGUGCUGUGGCUCUAUGCACUAAAUCACCAUGCUUUUAGCGUGUCGAAUCCCUGCAAAGCCCCACACGCGGCUUCAUCUCACGACAAAAUGUUUUGUGGAUCUCACAUCUCGCCUUACUAGGUAUUAGGAAGGUCAACUGGAAAUUCAUAUCUAGUAUUCUGCUUUGAUUAACCCACAAAUACUGAAGAUCCUGACCUAGGUAUUAAUAAGGAUGACCUUGUGCAAGAACAGCUGCAGGCUGGAUCCACUGCUUGGUGGUAGUCCUAAUUUAGAGGAGGUGAUAGAUGGCAUCACAUAUUAAAUUGUUAAAGAUGAAUUUCUUUCUGUGGUAUCUAUCUAAACAUCGGUUUGUUUAUAGAAGUAAAUAUGUCAGAUUAUCCUGGUCCCUCUUCCUCAGACCCAUAUACAAAUAUCGCCUCCCGCAAACAAAGUGGGGUGCUAAUUUGACAUUAUUUAUUCAAUUUGUUUUACCUGAAAAACAGAUAUGGAUAAAGGAGUCUCAAAACAUUGGGCUGUAUGUAUGAAGUUUGAGAAAAAAAAGUGCUACAGUUUUGCACUGUAACAGAAUUAUCUUUAAAGAGUAAGUAGCGGGGUUCCGAAAAAUAGUGUUACACGUCCCCAUGCGUUUAAAUAACGUACCUGUAACUUUUCUUUUCAUUGUUAACAUCCUGACAACUUUUUGCACUUAUAACUUUAAAGUCUGUUUGAAGCUCUUUUCAAAAUAGCCACUCUAGUGCACUGAUAGUGUAAGAAUUAUUACUGCCCACAUUGUCAAACAGAUAACACAGCAAUAACGAUCCAUGAUGUAGUACAGAACAGAAAAGCCAGAGCACUUGAUAUGUUUUUUAUUUUGGGCUCUUCCUGCAGUGCCCAGUGCACUAGAGCGGCCAUUUUGAAUAAUGCUUUGAAACAAACUUUAAAGUGUAAAAAUUUGUCAGGAUGUUACAAUGGAAAGAAAAAUUACAGUUACGUUACUUAAACAGCUGUAGCAACACGUUGGGAUAUAUAAUACUAUCUUUUGGAACCCCACCACUUACUUUUUAAUAGUCUCGAUAAAAUAUGAGUGACUACUAAUAUAUUAUGUAGUGGAUUCUGCUAAUCCUGCAAAAUAUGUAAUCGGCAUAUGUGUCUGUUCUCUUGUUUUUUAAGCUUAACAACAAGUAUAAUACAUCAUGUUGCUUGAGGAUGCAUAUAAUUGCUUUUACCAUCCUGUAAAAAUAGAAUAGUCAGUGUAAAGAUUGGACCACAGGCUAAAUGUUAUUGUAUUUUCUCUUUAUAAGAACAUUUCAGAGAUUAAAUAUUGAGUGGCCCCUUUGUAGGAUAAUACUAGCAACACCCCAGUCAAUAAUGCAUUAAUUGAGUUCUCCCUUGGUUGUCUUUGGGCAAUGAGAAGACAGAGAAACAAAGAACGAAACUCUGCAUUGUGUCCCGUCCCCCCCCCUCCCCCGCUCUUCUUAACAAGAAGAUACCAAUCCAAGUCCCUUUAUUAGAUCUAACAAGAGUAUGAGAAACCCAUACUCAGCAUUCUGUACACACACUGGGGCUGAGGAGACUGUUAUCGCUUUUUACAGGCUCAUUGAAUAAAGAAUGAACACAGCUGGGUCAGCACUAUUGAGAUGCAUGCUACCAAAACAGACCCACAUGUCCCUAAGAAAAGAGUGCAUGUGAGCUCUUACAAAAGGUGAAAACACGCACUCAUGACCUACAUCUGUUUGCAUCACUUUUGUUCUCUAGGCCUUGGUUACAGUCUCUCUUUCAUGAUAAACAGACCCUGUAAAUAACACAGCCCUGACCAUCUACCAUUACACCUUCACAGGUUUACCUCUUAUUUAUAGAAAACCCAAUAGUGAUGUUAAAGCAGUGGGUAGUUGAUUUUGUAAUCAACCUCGAGUACAAAAGGCCAUGCUAUUGUCUAUUGAGGCGUGUUAUACUGGUAGCACUGCUAUAACUACAAAGGCACUAUUUUUUUUUUACUGAAUUUAGGCUAAAUCAAUUAGCAUGUGCCUAAAAUGAAAAGCAAAGGAUCAUCUUAUUUUUCCUGUAGUGGUCAUGUUUAUUCAAUUUUGUUGAUUUGUCUGCCUGGUUGCUGUUUUACUAUUUUCAAUUAAUGUUGUCAUUGUUGUCCCUAUCAAAGUAUGAUUAAUAAUCAAAUUGUAAAUGUUUUUAAAUUAAUGUUAAAGAUGUUUGGACAAACGAUGGUAUGUUAAGGGUAACAUAAAACUGUUGGAAGCAGCUAUUGGCUGCAGUAUGUUGUGAAAAAAAAGCAAGGCAUUUAUUAUUAUUAAUUUCUUAGCAGACGCCCUUAUCCAGGGCGACUUACAAUUGUUACAAGAUAUCACAUUAUACAUUAUUUCACAUUAUACAGAUAUCACAUUAUUUUUACAUACAAUUACCCAUUUAUACAGUUGGGUUUUUACUGGAGCAAUCUAGGUAAAGUACCUUGCUCAAGGGUACAACAGCAGUGUCCCCCACUGGGGAUUGAACCCACAACCCUCCGGUCAAGAGUCCAGAGCCCUAACCACUACUCCACACUGCUGCCCAUGCAGUUUACAAAUGCUACUUUAAAUUUCACAAAGGUUGUUAAUGGUUCAAUAGAGCCUAUAUUAGGCAAUUAAAUGUGGCGAGUUUCCCUUUAAUUUGCUUUGUAAAUUAAAAAAUACAAAAAUACAAAAACAAAUCAUAAUGUAAAUAAUUACUGAUUAACCCACUGUCUACUAAGGCGCAUUCUCAAACAUUAUCACAUUACCAAGGUGUUACCACAUGAUCUGUGUGAAGCCUUGCUUUUACUACACUCUCCUUUACUUGUACCGUGGCAUACCACAAAACAUGUUUCUGAUGGUUUCACAUCUGAUAAUUCCAUCUGUCAAAGUUAUUAUCCUGCAAGGUGUUAAUGGGUUGUGUUUCACUUAUUUUAUAGAUGUGGGAUUGUAGUGAAGGGGAAAGCAGCUAAGUGUGCUAGAAACAUCUGAUAUAUGAAGCUUGUAACUAACAAGUUAAGCGGCCUCUAUAACAGCAGGGUAUUGUAACUAGUUUAUUUGUCUUCUGUUGGUACAACAGUAGUUUGGUUCUCUUCCAGUCAGUGGGUUAAAAAAUAAAGGGGUGUAAUAAAGCACUUUGUGAAAAGAAACUUACUAAAUGACCGACUCAAAGGAAAAGUAAGCUUUGAUAUGCUCUGUAAUCAUGAACACUAACUAAAGUAUGUAUUGAUUCUGAUCACACUACAGCUACGAAAAAGUAGGAUUCCUAUUCUAGUAGUCCCCACUUGUACAUAUGCUGAUGCUGGCUUGUUAGUUUUCUAGUGAUGUGAUGUUUGUAAAUCUUUUGGGGGAUGAAAUAAAAAUAUAUAUUUGUCGGGGAGAUUCAAUGUUUACACAAAGCGUGUGACUUGACUGCACAGUUUAUUCUUAAUGUUUUCAAUAAAUGUUUGGACACUCUGCGAAAUGUAGUGCACAGAACCAAGUGUCCAUAAUGGUUAAACACUUAAUUACUUUAUAACGGUAUAGAUUUGUUUUAAUGAUUUGAACUGCUCUAUGCAGAAUUAACAUUCAUAAAAAAGCUUCUAAAGGUGUAGUAGACACAUACUACUGUAUACAUACCUGUGUACUCUGUUGCAUCCAAAGGUAUGCCUUUGUUUUUAUAAAAUGCACUUCAGAUUGUGGGUAAUAAAACUGGUUCCAAACUCU